ACGCCCCGCAGGCCCGCACCAGCUCUCCGCGGCUCGGCGAGCCAGCCCCGGCUGCUUACCUUGCCACCACCACCAGUGCGGCUGCGGCCACAAUCCCAACGAGGUAACAACCUCGCGCGCCCCCUCCCUGCCGCGCGCGGCGGAUGGCAACGGCCGCCUCCGCCUCCCCCGGCGCGCUCGGCGCCAAAACCCCAGCGCGGGGGCCGAGCGCGCGCCACCCGGCCCCGAAGCCGGCCCCAGCAUUCGCGAGGCCCGCCCCGCGCCGAGCCCCCGCCCCCGGCAGGCCCCGCGCCAGCCUCCACCUCGGCGGCGCGGGCGCGGGCGUGGCCAGCAGCAGCAGCGCCGCCGCCGCGGCCGCCGCCAACGGCAGCGGGCUCCACGUGGCCCCCGCCAUCGCGCCGCUCGCCCUGCCCAAGAUGGCCGGCGCCAUGGGGACCCACAAGAACGUCCUGCUCUUCUACUGCGAGGAGAUGCGGGAGCUCGCGCAGCAGGUGGUCGCACGGAACGACGACAUCGAGCUGCGCUCCAUCUCCUGGAGGACAUUUGCUGAUGGAUUCCCAAAUUUGUUCAUUUCGAAUGCCCACAGCAUUCGUGGCCGGCAUGUUGCUUUUUUAGCAUCAUUUAGCUCGCCCAGUGUCAUAUUUGAGCAACUAUCUAUCAUAUAUGCUCUGCCAAAGUUAUUUAUUUCUUCGUUCACUCUUAUACUCCCGUUUUUCCCAACUGGGACUUCUGAGCGCAUGGAAGAUGAAGGAGACGUUGCAACUGCCUUCACACUUGCCAGAAUUUUGUCAAAUAUACCAAUAUCACGAGGUGGACCUUCGAGUUUAGUGAUUUUUGAUAUCCAUGCUUUGCAGGAGAGAUUCUACUUUGGAGACUCAGUCUUACCAUGUUUUGAGAGUGGCAUCCCGUUGCUAAAAAGUAGGCUUCAGGAGCUACCUGAUUCCCAUAAUAUAACCAUAGCAUUUCCAGAUGACGGUGCAUGGAAGCGCUUCUAUAAGCAACUUCAACAUUUUCCCAUGGUUGUAUGUAACAAAGUUAGAGAAGGGGAACAGAGAAUUGUACGGAUAAAAGAGGGAGAUCCUAGAGGCCGUCAUGUUGUUAUAGUCGAUGACUUGGUGCAGUCUGGUGGGACUUUGAUCGAGUGCCAGAAAGUUUUGGCAGCUCAUGGCGCAGCAAAGGUCAGUGCAUAUGUGACACAUGGCAUCUUCCCCAAUAACUCAUGGGAGAAAUUUCAGGCUGAUAAUGGAGAGGGUCCGGAGCAUGGCCUGAGCCACUUUUGGCUUACCGAUUCAUGCCCUUUAACUGUCAAGGCGGUGAAGGACAGGCGGCCGUUUGAAAUUCUAAGCCUGGCCGGAUCUAUUGCUUCUGCUCUUCAGAUUUAGCAAACUUUGGUCUGCCUGGUCCCUCGUGAUAGUGUUAAGUGUUGACUGUUCAGUUCAUUCUUCUUCCUUCACAUUUUUCUUUUUGAGGAUCUUGGUGUUUUGUUUUUCCUUUCUCCAACCAGAUUACCAGAGGGCCUUUUGUCAAUGUAUUUACUAGAAAACCUUGGGAUGGUAGAUCCUCACAGCAGGGUGCAUUCGUCGAAAAACAUUCGUAGGAUAGUGUCUGUGUAAUAAUCUGGCUGAGCAAGUCAAGUGUCGGUCUAUGUUAUAUAAAUAAAACUCUGAAAUAAAUUGCCAAUGAGCUUCCCCCGUUGCAUUUUC